AUGAAGCAUGUGGGUGUCUGGGGGGUUGUUCUCCUGCUCUCUCCUUCCCCGUGCUGCCUACAGUGGGUCGCAGCUUCGGAGUCGCCGGCUGUCUACCGGCCGGAGGAAGUAAAUGCGGAAGUACAGAAUGAAAACUGGGGACAAGCAGUGGACUCGCUAAUAGAAACAGAGUCCUCCCAGCAGCAGAGUUUGCAAACAUCGCUUGAUGCUGCAGAGAACCCGGGAGAGGCUGCGGCACCAGUAGCCGAGGGCGCUGGAGCCCUAGCAGAUGACGCUGCCGAUUCCAACAAAACUGAGGGCUUGAAAGCGUCCGCUAAGAAUGUGGCCAUUGGGGCCUCCCUGUUGUUGUUCUUUAUGGGUUUGUUCCUCCUCACCGGGAAGAAGGGGGCGGCAGCCCCGCCGUCUUUCGACGAAGAGGAGGAGCCCUUGAAAGAACCCGAGCUGACUCCUGAAGAGCAGCGUGAACGACAACUCGAGCGCAUGCAAGAGAUUUGUGAUGCUGCAGAGAAAAUCGCGACUGCGACCGGAGCCGCUGAGGCCGACGUGUUGCAUGCAGGGAUGAAGAAGAAUCUGCAACAGGCGAGGGAAGCACCGGAUGAACGGACUUUUAAAGACCACAUAGCUGCUGCUAAUAAUUUAGCCAGCGAAGUGGAUGCGUUGGCGAAGGAUUAUAUCUUUGCCCUGGUGGAGAAACACGCUACUGCGCCCCCGUUUCCGGAUGUGACCCUUAAGGAAGAAGAGAAAGAUGUACCGCUCCUGGAACUGCUUGAAGGGUUCGGCGGAAGCACGUCAGUGCGAUGUGCCGCCAAGGCCCUGCGGUCUCUGAAGGAUAAAGCAGAAAACGCUUCGGAGACCGUUAGGAAGGUCGGCGAUUACCUCACAAACACCCCUACCUAUAAGAACGAUGAAGACAAAGCUCGGCUGGAGCAAAGAGCCAGCGGAAUUGAAUACCUAAAUGCCAUGGUUGCUUCCCAUUCACGAGACCUGGCGGUCGGGUCCAAGCUGAAAGAAGUGGCUGUUGAAGGUUUUCAUACGUUGCUGUUUCGGGAUCACAAGGAGUCGGUUUUGUUGUACGAUGGCGACUGCGACCUGUUGAAGAUAACGCUAAAUGCAAUGCAAACACGAGAUCUGCCCCCCGGAGUAGAUGUCUCAGAGUACAAGAACGAAUGCACUUCUGUGGAGAAACGAAUAAACGACCUCCAGGGGCGAGUAGAUGAGAUGCGCACGCAUCUCGAAGAGGUGCAACGCAGUCGGUCUUUGCAAGCAUCGUAUCGAACGAGUCUUGAACUUGGGAAGAUUUCGGAACAGGCGGCAGCAGAAGUGAACGCAUUGUGGGCGGUUUUAGAGGAACUAAAUAUUGGGUUUGAAGCAGGUGGCUAUCGGAACAGAGAUUUGGUUCCUGAUCGGAUCAAGCGUGCAUGUGAUACAGUCACCCCCGAGUGCAACGCCAUUCUGAACAGGCUAAGGGAAGUGAGAAAACGAGUCGAUAACCUCAGCAAAGAUCGGCAGGGCGCUUCUGGUGGUUUCCCACUCAAUCAGUCUAUUCUGGCCAACAUUUUGUCUUCUGUUGAAGGACUACAGAAAAUGGCAGAUGUUAUUGAGGGGAAAGCCAGAGAAAUAGUGCAGAUAUACCCCGGCAUUACUAAUCCCAAAGACGUUUCUGAUCUCUCUGCUGAGUAUAAAGAUCACUUGAUCGCUUUGACGAGAGGAAGAGCGACUGCAGAUUUGUCGAAUGUGGAGGUCACGCUGUUCACUAUCUUUGAAGACGAACUCAGACGGCUAGUUAAGGAUGCUGAGGAGGCCUCAGCAUUCAAAUUUCCCUUAAAUUCGCCGCUUGAGAAGAAGAUGUUUCGACUGAAAAUGCGAUUUGAUGAAAAAGCUGAAGUUGGAAAACACGCAGAGACGCUUACAACCGUGGAGGAGGCGUUAGCCUCUUCGAGAGUUGUUUUAUUUUCCAUGCACCAACUAAUUCGUGAUUCCCUGAUGCGAAAUGUACAUUGA